GGCCUCAGUGUUUUCAGCCUUUUUCUUACCAAAAUAUCCUUCUCUUCAUUUCCUUUCCUUAACCUCUCUCUCUCUCUCUCUCUCUCUCUCUGAUCAAAGACACAACUGCCUGAAACUGCUUCCUCUGUUCUUGUCUGUGAAGAUUUCUUCUUCUAGUCUGUGUUUUACAAGGUGAAUCACCCAUACAUUUGGCGGUGGAUUGAGGACUUCAACUGAAUUUCUGCUUUGCUUGUAGUUCACCUGCGAAAGGGUUCACUUCCGAAGUCUUCUUGACCUGUAUCCCCUUGUGUAUCACAAUAAAUCAGGGAAUGCAGAAAGAUGUGCUUGAAACUCGAAAGCUCUUUCGCUGAGGUUGGCAUGGUUGUAGCUUCAUUUGGGCUACCCUUGGAUAUCCUUGAUGAGACUGAACAUUUAACUCAAGGAACAUCUCAAUUCUGUGCUCAAAUGCACAGAGUGUGUAGAAAUACCAGAGAGCAUAUCAUUUUAAAGCAUGAUGUCUGUGAAGAUGGUUGAGCUAUUCCAGUUUGUGAAAGCUCCUGUCUCAUAAUUACCAUAUAGCAUCUAUUGCCGUAGAAGGUGUAUUUUUGUUUAUUUUGUUAGAAGCUUGCAGCUUGAAAUGGAGAACAAAGGGAAUGUGUUGAUGCAAAAAUAUGAGAUAGGGAGAUUGUUGGGGCAAGGAACUUUUGCCAAGGUCCACCAUGCAAGGGAUCUCAAAACUGGCAUGAGUGUGGCAAUCAAGAUGAUCGACAAGGAGAAGGUAUUCAAGGUUGGAAUGAUGGACCAGAUUAAGCGAGAAAUUUCUGUCAUGAGACUGAUUAGGCAUCCCAAUGUGGUGGAACUUUAUGAGGUCAUGGCCACCAAAACUAAGAUUUACUUUGUUAUGGAAUACGUUAAAGGUGGUGAGUUGUUCAACAAGGUUGCCAAGGGAAAGCUCAAAGAGGAUGUUGCCAGGAAAUAUUUUCAACAGCUGAUCAGUGCAGUUGAUUACUGUCACAGUAGAGGAGUCUCUCAUCGUGAUCUGAAACCAGAAAACCUGCUGUUGGAUGAGAAUGAGAAUCUAAAGGUUUCUGAUUUUGGAUUAAGUGCACUUGCUGAAUCGAAGCGGCAAGAUGGUUUACUACAUACAACCUGUGGAACCCCUGCAUAUGUUGCUCCAGAAGUGAUUAACAGAAAAGGCUACGAUGGAGCUAAAGCUGAUAUUUGGUCCUGUGGAGUAAUCUUAUAUGUUCUACUGGCCGGCUAUCUCCCAUUCCGUGAUCCAAAUCUGAUGGAGAUGUAUAGGAAGAUUGCGAAGGGAGAAUUUAAAUGCCCCAAUUGGUUUGCACCCGAAGUUCGCAAGCUUCUGUCAAAGAUACUGGAUCCGAACCCAAACACAAGGAUAUCAAUGGCCAAAAUAAUGGAAAAUUCUUGGGUUCGGAAGGAUUUGCAAUCCAGACCCUGUGUUCUUGAAGCCGAAGUGAAAGAACCAGCUCCUUUGGACUCUGAGGCUGUUUUUGGCAUAAAUGAGAUUAGCUGCGCUGCUGUGGAACCAAAGCAAGAAGUGGCGAAGCCUUGCAACUUAAAUGCUUUCGAUAUUAUCUCCUUUUCUGCGGGCUUUGACCUGUCUGGCUUAUUUGAGGAGAAAGAGCAGAAGAAAGAAGUGAGGUUUACAUCAAACAAGCCUGCCUCCACCAUCAUCUCUAAGCUCGAAGACAUCGCCAAGCGUUUGAGGCUGAAAAUAAAGAAAAACGAUGGAGGUUUACUGAAAAUAGAAGGUUCAAAGGAAGGCCGGAAAGGAGUCAUGGGCAUCGAUGCAGAAAUUUUUGAGAUCACUCCUUUUUUCCAUUUGGUGGAGAUGAAAAAGUCCAGUGGAGAUACCGUGGAGUAUCAGAAGGUAGUGAAACAAGACAUUCGACCUGCACUCAAGGACAUUGUUUGGAGCUGGCAAGGAGAACAGCAAAGGGAACAACUACAACUACAAGAACAGCAGGAGCUACAGCCUUCUCAUGCAUCCACAACGCAGGUUGUCUCAACUCAGAAUUCAUCAUGACUAUAAUGAUCGUGCUGUUGAAUAUACUUUCUACCGGGUCUCUUUGCUGAGGAUGAUCAUCUUUGUGGGUUAGCACUAUGUUCUAAUUUUCUAUUUUUCAAUGUUUCGUGGAAUUGUACGCAUUGACAAUCUGUGAAGGUACUGUUUCAGGUUCUCAUCAUGUAAUUAGAAUCAGAGCCAACAAAUGAGCUCUAAUGCAUAUUUUUCUGCCUGUUUAUCA